AUGGAUGGUCGCUUUGUCAUGGCCCUUUCGACUUGUCCAAAGCAAACGAAUCGAGCAUAUAGUGCUUACGUCGCAAGAGUCCAAGAACGAACCUCGUUUACAGUUGUGUCGGAGUGCAUUGGCGGAAUAGUAUCAGUAGUGGAUUGGUAUCGACUCUCUCUCGGAGACGUUGGGCAUAAAUUGUGUAAUUCGAUGGUCAUUACAUCGCUGGAGUCUCCCGAUAUUUCCGGUGUCAUCAUGACGAAGAUUCGUUUGCUAGUGACAGUGAUACUGCGGGUGUUGAUUACGGUCUCAGUGUUCUUAGCGGCAAUGAUUGUGAUCCAUUUCACGGCCAUUAACCCAAGGGAGAUCUUCAUCCCGUGCGAUAGGCCUUGCAGCCGGGCCGAGUGGCCCAGAAUUUGCCGCUACCGGUUGGUUAUAGAAAAGCGUUCACUCCUCAAAUCCCGAGUGGAUCAUAAAAAUAUAAUUAGCAGCGAUGAGGCAGCUGUUGGUAUAGGGAGCGAGCAGCUCGAGACUGGCAGCAUCCAAUACUAUUUUCUUGUCAACGGGAAGCACACCGGGCCGGUGUUGGACGUGUGCGAGAGGGAUUUCAUCGUCAUCGAUGUCGAGAACCGCAUCCCCGGCAGGAGUAUUUCUAUCCACUGGACCGGUCAAAGUCAACGUCACACGCCCUUCAUGGACGGGGUGUCAAUGGUCACCCAGUGCCCGAUAGUAAGUUUCACAACGUUCCAAUAUAAGUUCCAGGCGGACCGCGCCGGUACCCAUUUGUAUUACGGCUUCUCCGGGGAGGAACGAAACUCCGGGUUGGUGGGAGCUCUCGUAGUCCAUUCGGUGUAUGAACAAAAGCAAUAUCAGCUAACAAAAAACUGUCUGAACGACACCAUCUGGAUUGUGUCGGAAAUCAACGGUAACUUCUUAAUUAACGGCAACAGGAGAUUAGUUCAGAAAGUUCAGUCUGGGGCAAAGUAUCGCUUUCGAGUUGCCUACGUUGCACCUCUGGGACAGACGAAUUGCGUGCGAUGGCUUGAAAUCGAAGAUCAUAAACUUCUGGUGAUUGCCCUUGAUGGGAAUCUAAUUGAACCAGUGAUGGUGCAAAAAGUUGCCCUGUCGGAUGGCGAUCGAAUCGAUCUGAUCGUACAGACUACCGAGCUGAAGCGGGAUUAUGAAAUACGUCUCACAGCUGGGAUGGGCAAUGUCAGCCGGAAAUGUACACCAGUCUUUGCAUCUAGAAGCGAAUUCAGACUUAAAUAUGUGGAAAUCAAAACGAAUGGUUUGCAGCAUAUUUCUGAUGAAAGUGAUCCAGUGGUGGAAUCAUCGACGGAGCCGGCACCGAGCGUAAUCCAAUGGGCGGCUUUUAAUCCUGGUCGGAUUUUUUGCAGUGUGACCUCCGGCAAAGACUACCACCAAUCAUCGCUGCAUCAACAUCAUAACCAAUCCUGCUUGCUGGAUGCCAAAGCAAAGGAUGCCUUUCCUGUGGCGCUGCGUGAUGUAGACAGGCGGAUUAUUCUGGUGGUAGCGAAACGGAAAGUUAUGAAGGAUAUUUUCGGAGAACGACUAGACGACAUAUCCUACUCCGUGAAUGGAUUCAGCUUCGUCUUCCCCUCGGUGUUGAUGUUGCAAAACAUCCACGACAAAGAGCUGAACCGAACAACGUGUAGCAGCGGGAAAGGCCACAGAAGGAUGCCAAAAAAAUGUCACCGGCAGGCUGACAGACUGUGCGAAUGUGUCCACAUCGAGCAUAUCGAAACAGGUCACCGAGUGGAGUUGAUUCUAAUUAACGAAGAUGAAGAGUCAGACCACUCGUACCAUCUUCAUGGUCACCAGUUCCACUUGCUGGCGGCGAUGCGGUUUGACGAAGGGUGGCAGAGCCAGCUGGAAAAAGUGGUACGAAACUUCGACCGACCGGUGAUAAGGGACACAAUUAGGAUAGAAAGGAGGACACUGGUGGUGCUAAGAUUUACUGCUUCGAGCGCUGGACUUUGGAUGCUUCGGGAGCUGGGUGCGGGCCAGGAGUGGUCCAGAGGGUUGGAUGUGCUGCUUAGUGUUGAAACGCAAAAUACUGAAAUCGAUAUUCCGCCAGAUUUCCCAGCGUGUAAGAGUUUCGUUGGUCCGAAGUAUUUUUUAAUUUAAGUUACGUUAAAAAUGCUUAAAUGUAAAU